AUGCCUUGCAAACACGAAUAUUUUAAGGAGAGCGAAGUGAAGGAUUUGUUCAAGGGCAAGAAUAAUCAGAUAUUAAUUGCAAACCAUCACAAGACAUCACACUUGGCAAGAGUCCUAGUCAAAAAUGCAUCUCGUGAGAGUUCUGAACUGACAAAGUUACAACUUGAGGCUCGAUCUAUGAGGUUCGAUGAUAACAGAGGAUUAUAUAGUAUCAAGGUCUUCGCCGAAAAACUCGAAAGACAAAAAUCAAAAAAAUCCGAGUUUUAUUUGGAUCUUGUCAGAAAAUUUACAACCCAUUAUAUCGAUAUCUAUGAUAAGUUGUUCUUUUUCGGAAGCUUAUUUGCUACUGGACGAGUUACCUAUCGCGUGGCAUGGAUGGAAGAAAACGAAGUUGAGAAUUCCUUGGCUACGACCACUCCUCAUUUCGAUCAAGACGCUUCGGAUCAUAAGGUAACAGACUCCGUUAUCGACUUGUUUGUUGAAGCAGACCCUAAGUACACCACACAAGAACAAGUCAGGGAAUGGUUAGGGACACUCGCCCACGAGAUGUUACACGCUUUUAUGUUCACUUUCGGCUGUCUAAAUUGUCACAUGCCACCGGAGCAACUUACUGUCGCUGGCCAUGGACAUGCGUGGCAAGACGCAGCGUAUGAAAUCGAGGUUGCUUGUGAACGACUUCUAACCAAUAGCGUCGAUGUGGGUCGAUGGGUUUCGUUAUACUGUGAUGUACUCGAUGGCAAGAUGCCUAUGCCCAAAGAAAGCCUGUUAAAGAAAUGGGAUAUGAUAGGACCGAUUCCUGAUAUGCAGACGCCAGUGGUUCCGAAAAUAGCGGGAAAGACAAAUGAUGUUGAGAGGAAAAGUUCUAAACCGUCUUCUGCGGAAAAACAGCUACCUCAUCGUCCAACAGAGAAAACGGGUGGUGGUAACGAUAAACGUGAAGGUGCUGGCAAGAGUGGUGAACGUGCACCUCCUCCUCGCAAAGAGGAAAAACGCGAUCCUCUUCGCAAAGAUGGUAGAGAGGAAAAACGUGUACCUCCUAAGAGUGGUGAACAUGGGAGGGAGCGUGAGAAACCUGAGCCCUCUAAGAGUGGUGAACGUGCACCUCCUCGCAAAGAGGAAAAACGUGAUCCUCGCAAAGAUGGUAGAGAGGAAAAACGUGCACCCUCCAAGAGUGGUGUACCUCCUAAGAGUGGUGAAUAUGGGAAGGAGCGUGAGAAACCUGAGCCCUCUAAGAGUGGCGAACGUGCACCUCCUCGCAAAGAGGAAAAACGUGAUCCUCGCAAAGAUGGUAGAGAGGAUCCUCGCAAAGAUGGUAGAGAGGAAAAACGUGCACCUCCUAAGAGUGGUGAACAUGCACCUCGCAGAGAGGAGAAACGCGAUCCUCCUCGCAAAGAUGGUAGAGAGGAAAAACGUGCACCCUCCAAGAGUGGUGAACGUGCAGCUCCUCAAAAAGAUGAUAAAGGUGAAAGACGUGAUCAUACUCGCUCGCGACCGAACGAGGAAAAAGGGAGUUCAAGAAACACAUCUAAGCAGGAUCUGACUCCGGGUGCCGAAAAGAAAUCCAGUCGCAAACCCGAUACGCCUAAAAGAAGGACACCUCUUGAAUGA